CAGCUCUGAAGUCCAACCCCUCCCAUCUGAGAGAGCUGGUGCUGAGAGGAAAUGAGCUGCAGGAUUCAGGAGUGAAGUUGCUGCGUGAUUUUCUGGCGAGUCCACACUGUAGACUGGAGACUGUAACGUUCUGCAAUUCUGAAGGUUUACCUGUCAAAUUGACUGUAAACCAAAGUGGCAGUGUGGAGGAAGAGGACAAAUCAGAGUCUCCAACAUCCACCUGUAUGUCCAAACAUCAUCCACCAGACUUCAGUGCUAAAGCUGGACCCUCAGGCUUAAAGGUGGAGGACAGACGAAAUAGCACCACAUCUGACAGACAUAAAGGAUAUCUGUCCACAUUCAACACAACCCUUGAUGUGUCUGAGGACAACAGAGAGGAUCAACUAUAUCCUGAUGAUCCAGAGAGGUUGAAGCAGCAGCAGCAGUUUGUGUGCAGAGAGAAUCUGACUGAGACAAGUUACUUGCAGGACUUUACACCCAAAGUGCUGACUGAGUCUUCAAACAUUUCAUACAGGUUCAGGUGUCCUGGUCCAGGUAUGUUCCGGUGUUCUUUGACUGGACUAGUGUUUGUUAUGGUUCAGGAGGCGGAGUUAGAGUACAGGACUGUCCAAUGGGAUGAGAGCCUCCUGCAACCAGCUGGCAAGAUGGCUGCAGGGCCGCUGUUCAGCAUCCAGAGUCCUGACAGUGCUGUCAGUCAGCUCCACCUGCCACACUGUGAAACCAUGGAUGCUCCGCUCCCUGAAGGUCUGCUGUCUGUCGUCCACAUCACCGAUGAUGGAAUGAGCAUCCUGGAGCCGCUGGAGAUUACAGACACUCAUGUGGUUGUGAAUGUCCCUCACUUCUCUGCCUUUGGCCUAGUCUGGGCUGUUGAUCUUAUUAAGAGGUUUUGGAACAACUUGAAACCAGUUAGUGGCCAAGUCCUACUGUUCCUUGGACUACCAAACCCAAUAACACAGAUGCAGAAACUCAACGUGUUUCUCCUGCCGAGAAACAUCCCUCUGAAAAAGGUGAGGGCACAGCAUCAAGAUGCUAACUACAUUGAGGCCCCUCCCAAAUGUAAACUCAUCAAAGAUCAAAUUUACAGCGUUCUCUGUCCUGAGGCCUCAAUAAUACAACCUGAAAAAGCAGAUUUUGACCUGGAGAUUGGACCAGAUUACCACAAAAUGUUUGAGAUCCGCCUGCCUACAAACUCAGACAAAGUGACUUUAAAGGUCCAGGACCAAGAAAAUACAGAGGUCUGGAAGUAUGAAGUGGAUCUGACUGAUGCUGCUUUAAGAAAGGAAAAUCCAGAGAGGACUCAGAAUCCCUCACCACGUGAGAGGCUGCGCUCAGUUCGGACACUGUUUGUUAAAGCAGUGUCUGAUGUUAUUCUAAACCAGCUGCUGGAUGGACUUUUGCAAAGAGGUGUUAUCAAUGAAGAAGAAAUGGAGUCAGUCAGAACAAAAUCCAGAGCUGAGAAGGCUCGAGAUGUGAUUACAAUGGUGAUCAACAAAGGAACACAAGCCAGUUCAUUUCUGAUUACUGACUUGCGAAAGUUGGAUCCACACUUUUCCAAAACCCUGAAGCUGAACCUUUGAGCUGAAGUUGGAAUGAGACUCAGAAUUACUUAAUUAUGGUUACCAAGGCAACAACAUUGGAGAGAUCUCCAACUGAAAGGUUCACUUUAAAGUGUUGUGAGCUCUACUAUACACCAAAUAACACCACUGUCUCUCAUAUCAUGUCACAAGUCUCACAUUAGUACUGAGAGGACAUGAAUAUGUAUAAUGGGAGGAGAAAGGUCUGCAAUCAAAAAACACUCAAAAAAACAUGUCUACAGAAAUUCACAACAGACUCAUGUAUUGUAAGAUAAUCUUUAGAAUGUGCUGGAUGCUGAGCUCCACAGUAUGAAGCUUUAGGGCCACUGACUGCAGAAGGCUCUCUGUGUCACAUCCUGUGAGUUGCUCCAAACCUCAGGACUUCUGCUGUUGGGUACAUGAAAAUACUGAGAGGGUAGUAGGACGAGACGCACAGUUCUGCCCAAGAGACCCCUCUCCCAUUGAAGAUCUGUUUCCCACUGGUUUCAGACUAAAUCAGAUGCUGAAGAAAGUGUGUCACAAGAUGAAAAUCCAGUUUGACCCUGACAGCCACAAGCCGAAACAUGUUGGUCUCAAAAUAAAGUCGAUCUUUAUACCAGCACAAGUGACGCUGGUGUCUUGACCAAGACUAUCCCAUUCAAAUUGUCCAGAAACUCAGAGCAUACCUGGACAUUAAGAAGGAACUUAAAAGGAAGGAGAUUCAAUGCCACAUGGAAACAGACCAAUUGGGACAUUUUCUUUCAAAAGAGCUGAAAAGUCGUCUCUGUCUUGUAUUUAAGAAGUCCUUCAUCCCAAAGUGACAUCAGUAUUCUUAACUAUGCAAAGUGACUGAUGAAAUUUAAGCCACAGACAUGAACUGUUUUUGAUGUUUUUAAUGUGUAGUGUGAUCUUGUCUCUGUUUGUUAUACUGACUGCUUCACUGUCUCUUUCUUGCAAGAAUCAUGCAGUGCGUCUUCAUGUUUUGGUGAGCUGAAGACCAUUUUCCACCCUCAUGGACAAUAAAGAUAAAGAUAUAUUCUAAAAUAAUAGAAAGACACUUGGACAUCACAGAUUUUCAUAGCAUUAUAUCUGCUUCCUUUGGAUUUGUGUUUUUGUUUUGUAAUGUACAGUUUACAUAUCUAUAUAUUCCUAAUGCACUUAUAGCCGGAUACAUGUCAAGGCAGCUGGAAAUAAAAUAUAAGUUCCCAAACAAAAGAUGGAAAAUUCUGCCAGUGCAGGAGGAAUAUUCCAGCCUGUUUGCAGAGGAAAUUCUUUUUGUUGAGUGUCUGUAACCUGAAACAAGAAAGAAGGUGGCAGAUGUUGUCACUUGUUUUAUGAAAUUUUAAAACUUUAAGGAGUUAGUUACAAACAGAAAAGAGUUGAUGAGUUUUUUUCUUGUGCUAUACAGUCUUUGAUGUUCAGUUCUCUUUUUUUGUACAUUAACUGUAAAUAAAGAUAUAGAUUUAUAUAUUUGUCUUUGCAGCUACAGCCCUGAGUCUUGUCUGCAGAACUGACUUAAACAAGUCUUAAAACGUCAGGAGCCUGAAUGAACAGUGAAACAUGAUUUUCUUGCUGUAAUCAUUCCUCCUGUUCAUACUGACCAUUAGACGAUCCCUUCAU